UGGACGGUGCAUCAUAGCUGCCAAACAGUGUGGGAGAUUGUACAACGUUGCUUAGCAACCCUGUAAACCGAGUGAAGGAGGAAGAUGAGGAGUAAAUAAAGCAAGCGACAAAUGAAUAUAAAUAUUUGACAAGGCGAUUCAGUUCGCCAGAAUUAAAGCAGGAGUAGGACAACAACAAUGUCAACACCGCAGGAACAAGCGAAUCUCGGCAAAGUACUCAGCUUUCUCCGUGAAUGGGACCGUGGUGACACGACAGUCCGCAGCCGCAUGUUGAACACCUUUCUGAGUCAAAACGCAGGGAAGAGCUUUUAUGAGCUUGAGUGUGAGUUUGCUCAGGUGUCCAGUCUCUUUCUGGCUCGACUCACCACCUGGACGAGACUCACAUACAUGUUUGGGACAUUCUUGGGACUCCAGUUAAAGGCAAUCAGGAUUUUCCUGUCUGCAUCAGGCCAUGAUCAGUACCUGAUGGAGUUUCUGGAGGAUGGAGGUGUUCUCACCCUCCUGGACAUCUUGAGCCACACUCAGAGCAAAGAGGAGGACAAGGCAGAGGCCCUCCAUCUUCUGCUCACAGUCUCCAAUGCUGGUCACAAGUACAAAGAGAUUAUCUGUGAAAGCCAUGGUGUCAAAGUUAUAGCAGAGCGCCUGGUUGAGUCAAAUACAGAGGAAACCCAAAAGACAGCUUGGGCCCUGCUGGAGUCCUUGUCCCAAGGGAAUCCUAAAUACCAAAAUCAAAUCUACAGAAUCCUCAUCGCCCUUAUGGCUUGUAACUCUCCUAAAGCCCAGCAGCUGGUCCUUCACACCUUACGCACUCUUCAGUCUAAAAAGAAGACGGCCCACCAUAGCAUUGUAGAACCUCUGCUGAAUAUGCUCAGAUCCCUGCACCUGGAGGUCCAGGGAGAAGCUAUUAAUCUAAUCUUAGACCUGAAGUGUUAUGAUGUGAGACCAAUGCUGCUCAGUGGCCUGGUGGCUCUGCUUAGGCCUACUAAAGAAGAAGUAAAGCCACACCAGAUCACAGAAGAGGCUGAGAUGAUCAAGAUGACUGGAUCUCUCCCUGUGUUUGUGCAACAAGCUGCUGCAGCUAAAGCUAUACGGUUGCUGGCUGAGGAAGAUCAAGAACUUUCUCGUGAGUUUCUCUCUCUUGGAGUGAUCCAGUAUCUCCUCUAUGCUAUGGGCAACAGAGAACACACUGAUACACAAAUACAAGCCAGUCUGGCCUUGGAGCACUUUAUCCACUCAUUCCCAGUCAUAGAGGAACAUGUGCAGAGAGUCAUGGGCAGUACACUGUUAACAGCCUUCAUGCACCAACCUGGGAGUUUUUACAUGAAUCUGGAUGAAACACAAGCAGAAAUCCUGCUAACUAACAAAGUGGACAUAACUGAAGUUUUGAAUGGAGGGAACUCUGAAGGCGGACAAGAGGAACAUCUAAAUAAUUUUAAUGAUGAAGACAAAUGAAAAUGUUGAAGACCUUCUGUAAAUGUUUUG